AUGUCGGAGGACGCCGUGCGACAGACGCGCAGCCAGAAGAGGGCGCUAGAGAGGGACUCGCUCCCCCCCACCACCUCGACGGGCCGUGAUGAGAGGUCAGAGAAGGUUUCCCGACCUAAGGUGGAACCCACCACUACCACUGGGAGGACCACCAUCUCCUCUUCUUCUUCCUCCUCCUCCUCCUCCACCCUGCUGAGCGGAGCAGAGGUGAAGGCCACCAUUAAAGUGGAGGUGCAGACAAGAGAGCAGCCCGUGGACAUGAGCACCAGCACCAAGAGUGAGAUCAAAAAAGAGAAUAGCCCACCCACACCUGAAGAUGAUGAUGAUGAUGAUGUCAUUGUCCUGUCAGACAACGACUCCCCCAGCCCACAAAUGAAUGGCCACUUCAAAGAGUUGGACACAGACCUGCUGAUGAAGAGCAGCCCAGAGGAGAGGGAGCGCAUUAUUAAGCAGCUGAAGCAGGAGCUGCGACUGGAGGAGGCCAAACUAGUGCUGCUCAAGAGACUCCGGCAGAGUCAGAUGCAGAAGGACAGCCAGCCCAAGGCGGUGGGCUCUGGUGCUGUGGCUAACCCUCCACCGCUGGUGAGGGGCUCCUUCACUGCAGCCAAGGGCUCCCAGCAGGUGUUGUCAGGGCGCAGCUCUGGCACAGUGAUUCCGCCGCCCCUGGUCAGAGGAGGCCAGCAGGUGUCCAAACAUGGCUCCCAGAACUCCCAGAUCAUCAUGCCCCCUUUAGUGAGAGGAGCACCGCCCAUCUCGGUGUCGCCCCAGCAGCUGCAGUCUCUGCGUCAGCACCAUCAGCACCACCACCAUCAGCACCAGCACCAUCAGCACCAGCAGCACUCGGGCUCCGUGUCGAGCUCUGGGCCGCCGCCCCUCAUGCUGGCGCCACGCGCCUCCGUGCCCUCAGGGGCCCAGAGCCACAAGCUGCUGCAGUCCGGCGGCCUCAUCCGCGUCGCCAACGUGCCCACCACCAGCCUGCUCGUCAACAUCUCACAGUUAUGGAAACCCCAGUCCAGCCCAACCAACAUGAAAUCGUCGAUGACCUCGCAAUCGGCGGGGGUCGGCGUGGGUGGCAUCGCCGGGGGCAACCAGGCAGACUCUCCGGCGAGUCGGCAGGCGGCGGCUAAGCUAGCGCUGCGUAAGCAGCUGGAGAAGACACUGCUGGAGAUCCCGCCUCCCAAACCGCCCGCUCCUGAGCUCAACUUCCUGCCCUCGGCCGCCAACAACGAGUUCAUCUACCUGGUGGGCCUGGAGGAGGUGGUGCAGAACCUGCUGGACUUGGGAAGAGCCAAGCAGGGGCUGCCGGUCGCCUCGGCAACCCAGUCGACGCACGAGCCAUUCACCUGCGUCCAGUGCCAAACCGACUUCACCUGCCGCUGGCGCCGAGACAAGGGAGUGGUCCUGUGCGAGCAGUGUAUGUCGUCAAAUCAGAAGAAGGUGCUGAAGGCGGAGCACACCAGCCGUCUGAAGGCGGCGUUCGUCAAGGCCCUGCAGCAGGAGCAGGAGAUGGAGCAGCGCAUCCUGCAGCAGACGGCCGCCGCCGCCUCUUCAUCACCACAGACCUCCUCCUCAUCCUCCUCAUCCACCUCCAGCGCCAUGCACGUGGUCAAGGCAGAGCAUCUGGUGGCCCAGCAGCUGAAGCAGCGCUCGUCUCUUCAGCAACACCACCACAUCAGCAGGGCCAGCCCCAACAUCGCCCGUCACCAUGGCAACAUCAAACAGUCUCCAGGCUCUGGCCAGCUGUCCCGUGGCAGUGUGCAGUCGUCGGGCGUGGGGGUGCGCGGCCUGAGCCACUCCUUCUCGUCCUCAUCUCAGCUGCAGAGCGCGGUGGCCGCCGCCGCCCUGGUGGCCCGGCCAGGUAAGAGCGCCGCCUCCGCCGGGGGGCGCAGGCACAGUAGCCACGGCAACAACGCCGCUGCCGCCGCCGCUGUGUGGAGGAAGCCCAGCAGCGUCAGCUCAGGUGUUACCAUGGCCUACGUGAACCCCAGCCUGUCGGUCCACAAGACCUCGUCGUCGUCCGUGGAGCGGCAGAGAGAGUACCUGCUGGACAUGCUCCCGUCCAGAUCGCUGUCUCAGACCGCCAACACCUGGAAAUAAUCAUCAUCAUCUUCAUCUUCAUCAUUGUCCCCCCCCCCCCCCCGCUGCACACACCCCCUCCAGCUCCACUUGCCACACCGCACCUGAAAAUGAUGUCAUGGUUUGGUCUCCUCAAGCGGAGUAUUUUUACUGAGCAGUCCUCCACCGCUAUCCCACAAGCCCUAGCCCUUGCCCUUGCAGAUGUUGGAGGCAGCUCUGAGCCAGAGUUGGUGAUUGGAUGCGGAGGCUCCAGCUUUAUUUGUUGGCCCCGCCUUUUGCACUUGCUUUCAGACUCCGCUUGUGUAACCCUGUAGUGGGAGGAGCUACAUGGUGAAGGGGCAGGGCAUUGCUGCAGUUCCACCCACAUUGUUUGUUGUCUUGUUUUUACUUUUUUAGAGUGGCAGUUUUCAUUGGUUAUUAUGGUCCUUCCCUCACCUUGGGGUGGUAUUAAUAUUAUUAUUGUUAUGUUUUUUUUUCUACUGGAAUAAAAUGAAAUAAUGGUAAAAAAAAAAAAUACAAUUACAAAAAGAUCAAGGAAAAGUAUGAAAAAAGAAGUUAAAAUGGGGAAAAAAUAAAUAUUAAAUAAAAACAUACAAAUAAGUGAUUAAAUAAAAGACUGUGUAAAGGGCUUCCACAACACCUGGUCACAUAUGACCUUCAGUGAGAGAGCGCGUGUGUGUGGGUCGAUCCUGCUAUGAUCCUUGUUUUUGUUGCCCAUACAUAACAAACUGAAUUAUGACAAUAGCCCGUUGUGGACUUUUUGGAAUUUUAUAAAACCCCACCCCCGCCCCUACUUACUGGCUUGGACACCUAUCAGUCAUGAUGACGGGACUGCCCUCUCCAAUCUCUCUGUCGGAUUGUGGCUUCCCACCUAAAACAAACGGAACAUGAGGACAACAGAAAAAGGGAUAUGGAGAUGGGAGUACGUCUUCCACCGGCCGCGUAGCAACUGGUGAGCGUGACCAGAGCACUGCUGGUGGGAGGGGCUUCAGCACUGCUGGUGAUUGCAUCUGUGACCGUAACUUGCUUUGCUUUGUGGUCAACAUUUUUUUUUCCGAUCACUGGACUGUUCAUAAAGAAAAAAAAAAGUCUUAAGAGUUUUUAAGAUGCUGAUAUAAGACGCUUGAGCAACUGUUAGACCCUUGUCACGUCAUGAGACCCCCUACAAGCCUGUUGUGCUUCUUGGUUUUUUAUUUUUCAUGUGUGUUUCUGUUUGUCCCCCAACCCUUUUUAGCAUCUCUUUUUAGACUCUGGUGGGCAACACUGUCUCCGUUGAGAGGUUCUGUGCUCACCGGAGUCCACUGGACUCAGACUGGUCCCGCUCUCCACACAUUAGACGGACAGCAGCUGGUCAGUCGUACCACGUGGAUCUGUACGUCACGCAAGGAUCAACAAGGUGUCAAAGUGCACCAGAACUGACUCUCAGUCCACCCUGUAGAUACCCCAUACCCCCCCCCCCCCCCCAGCUUAAAGAGUGGGGGGGGGGGGAGCUAUGUUUAUAUUGUUAUACUUAUUUGAGUUAUUGCUUAGGAUUAUUUUGUUUUUGUUUUGUUUUUGUUUGUUUGAGUUAAGGGCCAUCUCUGCCAUAUUUAUUUUGGAGUUCUAAUUUGUGAUGUGGAGAUAUUGGGCAAAUAUAUAUAUAUUUUUUCUGUCAUUGCUUUCCUUUUGUCAGCUGCCAGGACAAGAAGUGGAGGGGAGGGGUUCUGAUCUCCUCUGAAGUCUGAGAAUAUCUCCAUAACACGCUACCCCACCUCACCUCGCCCCACACCACACAACCCCAACUCACCUUUCCCCGCACCACCCCACCUCACCUCGCCCCACACCACACAACCCCAACUCACCUUUCCCCGCACCACCCAACCCCACCCCACCUUACCCCGCACCACCCAACCCCACCUCGACUGGCUGCAGGCCAGGCUGUGUUCUGGUCUGUCUCUGGCCCCUAGCAGUGGUGGUGGUCCUCGGAUCUUUUCUGCGGUUUUGGAGCUGUUCUCUGUGGAGGUGUUUGUGACUGGAGAAGGGGUCUCUGUUCCACCUCGACUAACUGUUAGUGUUGGUGAUAAACUGUUGAUCAUGUUCUCUGUAGUCGCAGAGAUUAAGUGUUGAGAUUGAGGAUAUCUCGCUUGUGAUCACCGGGUUGUCUGAUUGGCUGUACUGGGAGCACAUGUCCACUGUGAGCUUUCUGAUUGGCUGGACAGGGACCACAUGUCCACGUUUACCACCCAGUCAGUCACAAACAUUGGCUCCUCAGCUGACACAACUCUCUAACUUUGCCCUUUCCCUUAAUACACACACACA